AACGAGCCAGCGUGGAAGGAUGGCCGGGAGGGCGGUGGGGUUGGUGUUGCUGGCGGGGGCAGCCGCACUAGCGAGCGGCUCCCAGGGCGAUCGCGAGCCGGUGUACCGCGAAUGCGUCCUCCAGUGCGAAGAGCGGAACUGCUCCGGGGGCGCGCUGAAGCACUUCCGCUCUCGCCAGCCAAUCUACAUGAGCCUAGCCGGCUGGACCUGCCAAGACGACUGUAAGUAUGAGUGCAUGUGGGUCACCGUUGGCCUCUACCUCCGGGAAGGUCACAAGGUGCCACAGUUCCAUGGCAAGUGGCCCUUCUCCCGGUUCCUGUUCUUCCAAGAGCCGGCUUCCGCCGUGGCCUCUUUCCUCAAUGGCCUGGCCAGCCUGGUAAUGCUCUGCCGCUACCGCACCUCCGUGCCGGCCUCCUCCCCCAUGUACCACACCUGUGUGGCCUUCGCCUGGGUGUCCCUCAACGCUUGGUUCUGGUCCACAGUUUUCCACACCAGGGACACCGACCUUACCGAGAAAAUGGACUACUUCUGCGCCUCCACCGUCAUCCUCCACUCCAUCUACCUGUGCUGCGUCAGGACUGUGGGGCUGCAGCACCCAGCUGUGGCUGCCGCCUUCCGGGUCCUCCUGCUGCUGCUGCUGACCGCACACGUGUCCUACCUGAGCCUCAUCCGCUUCGACUACGGCUACAACCUGGCGGCCAACGUGGCAAUGGGCCUGGUGAACUUGGUGUGGUGGUUGGCCUGGUGCCUGCGGAACCAGCGGCAGCUGCCUCACGUGCGCAAGUGCGUGGGGGUGGUCGUGCUGCUGCAGGGGCUGUCCCUGCUCGAGCUGCUCGAUUUCCCGCCUCUCUUCUGGGUCUUGGAUGCCCACGCCAUCUGGCACAUCAGCACCAUUCCUGUCCACAUCCUCUUCUUCAGCUUUCUGAAAGACGACAGCCUGUACCUGCUGAAGGAGUCUGAGGCCAAGUUCAAGCUGGACUGAAGACCCUGGGAGCGGGGCUGCCCGGUGGGGGAGCCUGCCCCCUCCCCGCUGACUCUCCCCCACUUAACCUUUGAGAUGAUUUUUUUUUCCUUUUGGCAUCUCAAAUUUGAACUUGAGAGUUGUGGGCUCAGAAUCAUGUGGCUGCCCACCCACUGCGGGCCUCCCCAGGUCUCGGGGCCAGAGACUGGGCUGCCGAUCUAGCUCCUAGAGCUGAACGGGGAUGGAACCGAGUGGAUUCUUAGGUCUGCUGAGUCAUGCCUCUGUUUCCCCAGCACCAGCAGCGCCCCCCCCCCACACACACACACACUGGGGCCCGGAGCCCUCUGUGUACUGUGGAGAUCUGUUCCCGGCAUCCUCUGGGGAUACAAGGAGGGCCCCUCUGUUACCAUGCGCUCCUCCAGGACACCACUAGGUGGCACUGGAUGCUUGCUCUUUGGCUACCUAAAUUUGAAGUCCAAUCUCAUUGUCCCCAUGGGACCUCAAUUGAAGGCCCAAGCUGCAGGGACCGGGAUGGGAAUGGGUUUCCACCUGACUGUUGCCGCAGCCAGAUGUCCAGGAAACCUUGUGUACUCCCCUCCGAGCCCAGGACAAAAGUCCUGCGCUGCUCUCCAUGAGGUGCAGGGGAGCAUGGGUCAGGCCCAGUGCAGGGGUGCCAGACCAUGAGCUCAGGCCUGGGUGUGCAGUGUGGAGAACGGAGUGUGUGUGUUCAGGGGGCAGGGGGGUGAGUGUGGGUGGGGGUUUUGCAUAGACUGAGUGUGAGUGUGCUGUGGGCUGUGCCUAGGAAUGGAUGCUGGUGAAUGUGCUGUGUUUGUGUGCGCGUGCGUGUCAGCCAGGAUAUCCCCCCAGUCAGGCUGGGGGCUGGGGUCCGGGCUCGCCAUGUGUGUGCCCCCCAACCCCAACAGGACGUCCCACAACUUAGGACCACCCUCUAGAGCCAGCCUCUGGGGAGGAAGAGGAGGGAAGGAAAUAGGGGUCCCCAGGGCCCUUCGCGGCCUGCCGCCCUGCCCAGGCCUGACGGCCUCGCCCUCCUGGUGCCUGCUCUUUGAGGGAGGAGGGGAGAAAGCCUGUGGCUGGUGAACCCAGAGGGGCUCGCUGUUCCAGGGUGGCCAUGCCCUGCCUGUGUCCUGGUAAAGGUGACCCCCUGGAGUUGCCAGCAGCCCUGGCACAUUCCUGCCCCCCCCCCCCAUGGAAUGUGGAGCUCCAGAAACUUUCCCAAAGGCAGUGCCUGUGCCUGAAAUAGGGAGACUGGGUUCUUGCUCUGUCCCUGCCCCCUUGUCCCUCCCCAGGAGGUAGGGGACCGUGCCAGGACUCCAAUCUCAGGGACUGGGGCGGCCUUUGUUAGGUUCUUUUGAUACUGGAAACUAUUUUAAGGUGGGAGGGUGGCAAGGGACAUGCCUAAUAAACCAAUUCUCU